AUGAAGCAUCCCUGGAUCUGCAAAAACGUGCAACCGGAGCAGGAGGUGCAAACACCCAGCGCGGCGGAGAUCCACCGAACAAUUCGGGAGUACAACACCAAGCGACCGAACACGCCGGCCAGCGUGGUGAUCAACGGCGAAAACGGACAGGCGGUCGACGCCAAGAGCGGCAGACCCGUCCGAACCCCGAAGGCGACGGCCGAGGGGGCACACAAGUGGGAGGAGCUGCUGGCCAGGUAUCAGAAGCUUGCGGAGGAAAACAAAGAGCUGGCAGCUCGGGUGGGCGGGCUCGCGCAAGACAAGGAGGAGCUCGAGAAGAAGGUCGAGCUGCAGGAGGACGAGAUCCAGCACCUGCGGCUCAAGCUGGCCAGCGAGCAGCAGGCCCGGCAGCGUGCCGAGAAAGACUACGACGAGCUGCGCAAGCGGACCAAGGAGAGCGUCACGGGAAGCAGCAUCGGCGGCAGCAGCAGUAGCAGCAGCAGCAGCAAAGCCAAGAACGGGUCGGCCUCCGCCUUUGCGACUGCAGCGCCGGCGCCGAUGAGCAAGCGCUCGUCGGCGGGCGCGAGGGAGCAGCGGAGCUCGGGCGGCAACGGCAGCGAGCGGGACCACCGGGACACGCGCGAGCGCGAGCGCGAUCGGGAGCGGAGCGGGAGCGCGAGCGAAUCGGCCAGCACAAGUCGGCUGCGAGCCGAGCACCACCGCGACCACGAGCGAAGCUCCAGCAUUGGCAGCAGCGCGCUCAUGGACAGCGGCGUGCUGGCCGCCGUCGAGAAGAAGCGAAGGCCGGCCAGCCAGACCAUCCCCUCCAACCACCUCAACAUGAUCAACCCGGCGGCGUCCGACGCCGCCAAGCCGCCGUCGCCCUCGCUCGGCGUCUUCUCAGCCACGUCAUCGUCAUCGCCAUCGUCGUCGGCUUCGUCGUCGCCCGACACCACGCCCUACGUGCCGGUGGCCGCCGUACCAGCCCCCAACUCUGGCGGUGCCAGUUCGCCCUCCGUGCGCAAGAAGCGCGCGCCCAAGCUUUGUACAGCCUGUACCAAGCCCAUCGCCCGAGACGGGCGGUUAGCCAUGGGCAAGCCGUGGCAUCACGACUGCUUCAAAUGCAGCCACUGCCACCAGGUGCUGGAGGAGUUCAUCGAGCGGGACGGCCGGCCGCUGUGCGUGGCCGAUUUCAACUCCCUCUACGGCAAUCGCUGCGGCGGCUGCGGCGAGAUCAUUCAGGGCCAGUACAUCCAAGCCAUGAACAGGUAUUGGCACGCGGGGCAUUUCCGCUGCUGCGUGUGCAACUCCAACAUCCAGGGCGGCUUCAUUGAGCGAGACGACAAGCCCCUGUGCGGGUCCUGCUUCAAGGCCGGCAAGUGA